AUGUUUACCCUCCUUCUCACCGCAGAACUGACAGGCGUCACGAACCUGCGUCCUUUGGACACUGAGGAGAACCCGUUCUGGUACAUGUUCAAGGUCCAGUGCACUUCUUGCCGAGAAAUUCAUAACAACUAUGUCGGCGUCAACCGAUUUGAAACGAACGAGAUAAGCGGCAGCCGUGGCGAGGCCAACUUUGUGUGGAGAUGCAAGAACUGCAAGAGGGAAAGUACUGCAACCGUGACAGCCGCCGCUAUCCCGUACGAGCAACAUGAACCGGCCAAGGCACAAAAUAUUAUCGAGUUUGACUGUCGAGGUCUUGAGUUCACCGAGUUCAAAGCAGAGGGUGAGUGGCUUGCCGAUGGCAUCGAAUCGCGCUCCAAGUUCAGCGGCAUCGAGCUGAUCGACGCGGAAUGGUACGACUACGAUGAAAAGGCAGGAGAAGAAGUCAGUAUCAAGGAUGUCUCAUGGGAAAUUCGCAGGGCAUAG